GACAGACCAACGAAAAUGAGCCUCAUGGACAUCACGAAAAUGUUCUCCAUGCUCCAGCCCAAAGCAGACGACGACGAUGACAACAACAGAGAUAGCGAGGAGCUGAACCGAGCAGUAGCUGAGGACAACCACCAAACCCUGGAGAACCUCUUAUCCCAGGACAGGUACAAGAGGGUCAUCAACCGCCAGAGCGGCUGGGGCAUCCCCAGCACGCCGCUGCGCCUGGCCGCCACGCGAGGCUGUGCCCGGAGCAUCAGGCUGCUCUUGGCACACGGGGCAGAGGUGGACAGCCUGGACGUGAAGGCUCAGACCCCGCUCUUCAUAGCGGUCAGCAACGGCCACCGGGAGUGCGUGAAGGUCCUGCUGGAGGCGGGGGCCAGCCCCUGCGGCAGCAUCUACAACAACUGCUCCCCGCUGCUCAUCGCCGCGCGGGACGGGAACGUGGACAUCCUGCAGCAGCUCCUGGACCACGGCGCGGAAACCAACGUUCAGGCCAGGCUGCCCCAGUGGGUGGCCAACUCGGUGGCCUGCUCCGGUCCCCUCUACCUGGCUGCUGCAUACGGGCAUCUGGAGUGCUUCAAGAGGCUGCUGCUUUACGGGGCCGAUCCCAACUAUAACUGCACCGAGGAGAGCGUGAUUGCACACAUCAAGGAGCCCAAGACUCUGCUGGAAACCUGCCUGAGGCACGGCUGCAGGAGCGAGUUCAUCAAACUGCUCAUUGACUUUGGAGCCAACGUGUACUUGCCCAAUGUCACGGUGUAUGAGGCAGCAGCCCACAGCGAGGGCCUGGAGCUGCUGCUGCAGGCGAGAGCUCAUCCCAAAUCCUUGCUGGCUCAGUCCCGGCUGGCCAUGAGGCGCCUCCUGAAGCCGGCUGCCCACCUGCACUCCCUCGGGAAGCUGGAGAUCCCAACGGUGCUGGCAAACUACCUCCAACACCAGCCAUGA